AUGGGCUGGGCACCGUUCAUCUGGGUCGGCCUCGUUUCCUGUAUGAUGCUCGGGCUGGGAUUGGCCUUUAUCCUUGUCCCCAGAUUCCCAUGGGAUCAGUUCUUUGAUAACAUCUCGCCUAAGCAGCUCAUGGCCCCCCGGAAGGCUCAGGCUCAGCCCGAGCAAUUGAGCUCGCAAUCUUGUGGUCAAUCCACGCCACCAAUGAGACGACGAUAA